AUGGCUGUGCCAUCCUCAGCAAUCGGAUUCGAAGGUUAUGAAAAAAGGCUUGAGAUUUCAUUUUUCGAGCCUGGACUCUUUGCUGACCCCGCAGGACGGGGCCUUCGGGCUCUUUCGAAAGCCCAACUUGAUGAAAUCUUGGACCCAGCACAAUGCACCAUUGUCUCCUUCUUGAAUAAUGACGAAGUUGAUUCCUAUGUAUUGUCCGAGUCAAGCCUCUUUGUCUAUCCGUACAAGAUUAUACUGAAAACUUGUGGUACCACUAAACUGCUGCUCUCGAUCCCACCAGUGCUCAAAUUGGCAGAUACACUCGGACUCACCGUGAGUUCCGUGAGAUACACGCGCGGGAGCUUCAUUUUCCCCGGCGCUCAACCUUUCCCCCACCGGAGCUUUUCUGAAGAAGUGACUGUGCUUGAUGGCCACUUCACGAAACUGGGCUUAAGCAGCAAAGCCUUUGUGAUGGGUGGGGAUGACGAAUAUGAGAAGUGGCACGUCUACACUGCUUGUGCCGAGCCUAAGCCAAUGAUGACCAACGAUCUUGGUCCCAUCUACAGCCUUGAGAUGUGCAUGACCAAUCUGAACCCCAAGAGGGCCUCUGUUUUCUUCAAGAAUCAAUCUGCCACAGCAAGUAUCAUGACCGUAAAGUCCGGGAUCCGGAAAAUCCUUCCCGAAUCCGAAAUAUGCGACUUUGACUUUGACCCCUGCGGUUACUCGAUGAACGCGAUCGAAGAAGGGGCAGUCUCGACAAUUCACGUGACGCCGGAGGAUGGGUUCAGCUACGCAAGCUUUGAAGCUGUCGGAUAUGAUUUCAAGAACUCAGGGGAUUUGACUCUACUGGUGGAGAGGGUUUUGGCCUGUUUCCAGCCGGCAAAGUUCUCUGUGGCUUUGCAUUCUUCUGUUGCUGGGAAAGAGCUCGACUUGGAAUUUGCUUUGAACUUUGAGGGGUAUAAUUGUGGAGAUAAGGUCUGUGAAAUGACUGGCGAUGGCGGGUCAGUGAUCUAUCGUGGAUUUACGAGCGCGGGUGGCUGCUGUGGGUCCCCCAAAUCAAUUCUGCAGUGCUGCUGGAGUGAGAACGAAGAUGAGGGAGGUGAGAAGAAGUGA